AUGGCCUCACGAGCACCUUCUCUCGCCCCCGCAGCUCUGCGACAAUUGCGUGCUCAACCAAAGCGCCUCUCUUCCUUCCUGCAAACCCCUCUUGCCCGCCCUGUCGCAAACCUAAAUCAACAAUCCUUCCGCGCAGCACACAAUAUUCCCAGACCAUCUCCCCGAACAUACGUCAAGCCGAAAUCCGAGCAGACGCAGGUGGGAGAAACGCCCAAGAGCGAAGGCGAGAGGCCAGAGAUCAAGCCCUCGCAUUACCAACUAUCAUUUACCUGCGUUCCCUGCGGCCAUCGCUCCCACCACAAUGUCUCCAAGCAAGGUUACCACUUCGGGUCUACGCUCAUCACAUGUCCGGGUUGUCGCAACAGACAUAUUAUCAGUGACCACCUGAAUAUUUUUGGCGACAAAAGCGUCACCAUUGAAGAACUUAUGAAGGAAAAGGGCCAGCUUGUCAAGAGAGGCACCUUAGGCGAAGAAGGCGAUAUUGAAUUCUGGCCAGAGAAUUCUCUCCCAGGAAGCAAGGCAUCUAACAAGAACGAGAGCUCAGACUGA